CGUGAGAACAACAAACAGAGUUGUGGAAAGCUCUAGGCAGCUAAAACCGUUGAAAGAAUAUAGUAAAUAAAUACGCUUGAAUGGGAUUAAAACAAGCUAAUAAACUUGGCAAAUUAUUAUAAAUUAAUUUCUGUUCGUUACGUACGCGCUAACGCUUUGAAUCGUUAAAAAGAAAAUAGCACGCUUUCGCACACCUUUUCCGUGUCGCGACCAUAACGAGCUCGUGUGUGAAUUAGUCGAAUAAGCAAAAUGACAACACGUCUAACGGUCCGCAAGCGCGAACGCUCAUCCUCAACAUGCGUGUUAAGAUUACUCGCACGCGUUGCGUACAUUCUAUUCGCUUGCGGAGCUUGCGUUAAUGCCAAGGUGUUCGAUCGUUGUGAAUUGGCGCAAGUAUUGCAUAAUAAACACCGUCUCGACUUGCAUGAGGUCGCGACAUGGACUUGCAUAGCGCAACAUUCGAGUGAUUUCAAUACGGAAGCUUACGCGGGCGGUUUGGCUGGCGGUUCGCAUGGACUUUUCCAGAUUAGUGAUGUAUACUGGUGUUCGCCGCCUGGUAAGGGCUUCGCCUGCAAUCUACCUUGUGAGCGUUUACGUGACGCUGAUUUGACAGACGAUUUAAGUUGUUUGCGCAUCAUUUACGAUGAACAUCAGCGGCUCUCCGGUGACGGUUACAAUGCAUGGAAUGCCUAUCAACAGUUCUGCCGCCAUGGCGUGGAGCAGUAUGUGCAGGACUGUUUCGGAGCAACUCAACACGUUAUAAAGCCGGCAGCGUCUCAAAAUUUUGGACACACCGCACCCUUCGACAACGCGCCAGCCCCUUACUACACGCCGAACUCAUUGUCCGUGCAUACGAACGCUAUAAGCAACAGUUACUCGACACAUAAACGCGGUAAGGUUUACGAACGUUGCGAGCUGGCGCAGGAACUAUACUACAAGCACAAAAUGCCAAUGGAACAGAUACCCACUUGGGUUUGUAUCGCGCAGCAUGAGUCUCGCUUCGAUACGGCGGCUGUGGGUCGCCUCAACGCAGAUGGCAGCGCUGAUCAUGGACUCUUUCAAAUAAGCGAUCUCUACUGGUGUUCGCACAAUCGUUAUAGUGGCGGCAAGGCAUGUGGUCUGCAAUGCACUAAGCUCCUGGACAAUGAUAUUACCGACGAUGUGCGUUGCAUCAAGCGCAUACACGGUGAGCAUACGCGUCUCUCUGGUGAUGGCUUCACUGCUUGGACGGUCUACAAUCGCAAUUGUCAAAAUCAACAGUAUUCACACGUAUCCGCAUGCUUCAAAGACCAACCCUACGAACAGUCAGUUAAGACAACACAAGUACACACUGCACACACACACACAUUCCCCUCAUAUCAAGCACCCCAAGGCGCGAUCCAAACACAAUACCAGGCAAAUCCUUUCCUAAACAAUCAUAUUGGCCCAGCACACAAACCUUCCGCAACAACACUACAACACCAACAACACAAAUACACAUCAUUCCCAAAUACUCACACACAGACACAGACACAAACACAAACACAAAAGCACAAGGGUAAAGUUUAUAAACGUUGUGAAUUAGCUCAAGAAUUGUAUUUUAAACACAAAUUUCCAAUGCAGGAUAUAGCUACGUGGGUGUGUAUCGCCCAACAUGAAUCUAACUACGACACAGCAGCAGUCGGACGUCUCAAUGGUGAUGGCAGCGCGGAUCACGGACUCUUUCAGAUCAGCGAUCUCUACUGGUGCUCACACGACAGCUUCGGCGGCAAAGCGUGCAACAUACCGUGUACGAAGUUGCUCGACUCCGAUAUAGGUGACGACGUUCAAUGUGUGCGAAUCAUAUACGAGGAGCAUACGCGUUUGUCGGGCGAUGGUUUCACGGCGUGGACAGUUUAUAACCGGAAUUGUCGCAAUAGGCGCCUGGAGGAAGUCGCUAACUGUUUUGAUAGCAACGAAAUAAGUAAGACGCAACAAUUUUUAACAACCACAACAACAACAACUCAGGUGAGCAGUCACAGCAAUAAUUACAACAGCAAAAACAACAGCAUAACAACUACCUCAACGGGGCUGGCGUUGCCAACGACAAAGGGUAAGAUUUACAAGGAAUGUGAACUGGCGCAAGAGCUCUACUACAAACACCACUUACCGCUCGCCGACAUAUCAACAUGGGUUUGCAUAGCUAAACAUGAAUCCCGCUACAACACAGCCGCUGUGGGUCGGCUAAAUGCGGACGGCAGUGCCGAUCAUGGACUCUUUCAAAUCAGCGAUCUCUAUUGGUGCGCACACGAUGCGUAUGGUGGUAAGGCCUGCAAUAUACCGUGUCACAAGCUACUCGACGCGGACAUCAGCGAUGACGUGCAAUGUAUACAAACUAUACACGCCGAGCAUACGCGUUUGUCGGGUGAUGGCUUUACCGCGUGGGUGGUUUACAAUCAACAUUGUCGCAAUCAACAAUGGGAACGCAUAGCGAGUUGCUUCCCAACGGAAUUGGAAACGCACAGAAUGCAACCAGCUGUAGCGGGUAACGUUGGAACAAGCGCGCACACAGAAGUCGUUACAAGCGUUGGUAAAGGUAAAAUUUACAAGAAAUGUGAACUCGCACAGGAGCUCUACUUCAAGCACAAAAUGCCAAUGCAGGAGGUACCCACUUGGGUGUGCAUAGCAGAGCAUGAGUCCAGCUUUAAUACGGCGGCUGUGGGCCGCUUGAAUGCAGAUGGCAGCGCCGAUCAUGGACUCUUUCAGAUCAGCGAUCUCUAUUGGUGCUCGCACGAAGUCGCCGGUGGUAAGGCAUGUCACAUCUCCUGCAAUAAACUGUUGGACAAUGACAUCACAGAUGAUGUACGCUGCGUAAAGACGAUUUAUGAAGAGCACACACGGCUAAGCGGUGACGGUUUUACAGCGUGGACGGUUUACAACCGAAACUGUCGCCACCAACAGCUGGAUCGUGUAAGCUCUUGCUUUGACGCCAAGGAACUGCAGCAGGCACAGAAAGCGAGCGGCAGUACACAACGUGAGCGCCCAAAUUAUAGUACUCAUGUUAAUAGCAUUAACCCAAUCACCACACCGCCGAAAAAGAUCAAACAUAAAGGCGAACUAAAUCAUCCCUUUGUCUAUAACCCCUUUUUGAACCAAUAUAGCGCAGUAAAAUUCGUGCCAACUACAGUAAUGCCUAAGAGAAUAACAACAACUGCCAAACCAAUCACAAAUUACGGUGUCACUACUAAUGCAGUUGCUUUUUCGAAGAGUGAUUUUCUAAGCAAUCCAUUCUUAAGUCAAUUCAUACCAACACAAAAGCACGUUGCUGUCACUAAACCAACGCCACAGUCUAUAACAAAUACUAACACAGGUUCCUUAGGGUCAAAUAUCGCCUCUUACGCCGCUAAUCCUUUUCUCAGCGCUUACCAACAAACUAAUACCAAAAAACACACCACAGCAGCACCAGUAACAGAGAAACCACAAAAACUUAAUUUGCAAUCCAAUCCAUUCCUCUCGCAAUACACUGGACCCUUAACAAGCUUAACACCAACCUCAACCCCCCAAACAUCAAGCAAUAAAGCUUCAAACACGCGCGAAAAUGUAAAACAACCGCAAUCACAGCAAAAACAAAGUUACCACACAAAUCCAUUCUUAUCUCAGUUUAUCGAUCAAUCAUCGGUUCUAACCUCAAUAACAAACAUCAAUCGAAAAGCAACGACAAACGCGCCAUACAGGUCACAAUCCCACGCGCAGUUUCAAAAUAAUCCUUUUCUACAAAAAAUUUCAGCGCCCACUAGAGAGCCACAACACACACGCCCAACACCGAGUAGCACAGAAAAAACGAAGCUUCACGUUUAUCCCACGAAACCCUAUGUGAAUAGUGAAAUAUUCCGCACAACACCAGUGAAAGCCCAUGGCGGAGCUACCACAACUCCAAAACCAGCGAGAACAACGCCAAUGCCGCAAACACAAACUACAAAACAAUACUAUGCCGCGUUGCUCACCACCACCACAACGACGAGGAAACCCACCACUUUGGCAACAGUUGUACGAAAACCCACAGCGAAUAGUGCAGUGGGCACCACUAAACGACCCGGCACCGCGAGUACUUGGAAUUGGCGUCAACCGCAACAACAGAUACUGCCCACAAAGAGUACUACAACACGAAAAACAACAAUCGCUACAAGGAAUCCCACAAGUACGACGCGUAAGCCGACAGGUACGACUCGCCAGCCGACAAGCACAAGCAGGAAAACCACCUUUAGCACAACUAGAGCGCCACAAACUACUCGUAGAUCGGGAAAUAUAGUGCAAAGCGCGCAAAAAACUGAAACAAUAAACACAACAAAGAAAUCGCUGACAACGAAAGUUCCAAAAACCACAAAAAAUCCCGGCUUGUACCAGGAAAAGAAAACAACUUGGAAUACCGUAACUUCAACGACGACGAGAAGAUCGCAAACAACGCAAACUACUGUUAACCAGAAAAUAAAAAAUGCAACAACAACUAAAAGGCCAGCUACCACACAGAAUAGCAGCUUUAAGAAGCCUACGACGACGACCACAACGACAAGAAGGCCAACAACGAAACAAAGUGUCACGAAAACUACCUCAAGAACGGCAAAUAGCCAAACUGCCAACAACAAAACCAACACCCCAACUACAACGCGCAGAACUACAACAACUGUAAGAAGGACUACUGCUGCUACAACCACUCGCCCCACACGUAAGGCAACAACACCUAUAACUGUCAAAACGCCAAUAACAAAAAAGACUUCAACAACAAGACGUCCAACGACAACUCCAACAAGUCUAAAUAAUUUUAGUACCACAAAAGUGCCAUAUACAGUUAAGAAAGUCACAACAACACCAACAACAUUUACACAAUACACAAGAACAAGUACGCUAAAACCGAAAAUCACAACAGCAAAAACAACAACCACUACCAAUCGCCCAAGCACUGCUGCUACAAGAAAACCGGCUGCGCAUGUAGCGAGUAACACAAGCUUCUCAACGAAUAUUUCGAAUAAAAAGUCCGACACUGGAUCAAAUAAAUCCACCUCAACAUCCGCGGUAAUCCCCACAACAAAUCCCUAUCGCGAUGAUCCAUUCAGCCAUCCAUUCUUUGCCAAAUACAAAUCACAAUUUGAAAUAUUCGCCACAACAACUACACGUAAACCAACGAGUACUACUCGCUAUCAGCUGCAAAGCCGUUUUGGCGACGAAAGCGAGUACUAUCAGCAGUUCCGCAACCACACAGCUGGCAAUGUGAAGACCGUCUAUGCUUAUGCAUUUGGUCAAAAUGGCACAGUGAGCGGAAAUUAUGGCAAAUAGAGGAUUGUUGAAGGUAGACAAAUCAAUGUAAAUCGCUGAAGGAUAAUACUCAAGACUCUGUCGUUCGUAAAGGAUAAUACUCAACCGAGGAGUUGCUCACACUCACAUACGUACUCGUACGAAUGCAAGCAACUCGAAAUGGAAUUCAAUGUAGCGUUAAGUGUUCAAUAUUCUAUACAUAAAUAUUUUGUGAUGCUGUCAAAAUGUGAUUUUUUUAUAACUGCACUAUGAAAAGAGGUUUUACAUACUCGUACACACAUACAUACGUACGUACGUGCUUGUUAUGCGUAUAUAAUGUAAAUUGUUGCUUAUAUUACCGCAAGUCUUGAAAUCAAAUGGAGCAGAUAGUUAAUCUAUUAUAAAUUUUUUAAAUAUUCUUUUACUUUUA